CCUUAUUGUUAACAUUCUCCAUCGAUUGUCACAGUGGUCGCGGAUCAUAGCGCGUGAUGUCUUUGAUUGUUUUCCAACUUAAUCCUAGCUCUAGCUGGGAACGGUGAUCUAUGCGGCGGCCUAACGAGGCCAUUGAUGCGGCGGCAUCAGGCAGCCGAUUUAGCUCGACUGACAUCGAUUAGUAUUGGCGAGAAUGAGCGAGAGGAAGUUUACCCGCGGCCUGGGCAAGCCCGGCAUGGCGGCUCAGUUACGGGAAACUGUAUCGCAGGUCGUUCGAGAAAGCACCGUGCAGAAUAAACCACAUCUGGUUGAGCCUAUUGACUUUGAGAGCUUUGUUCUAAAGAAUAAAACAUUGUUGCAAAAUGAUCCUCAACGAGAACUGCUACUAUAUCCCCAGGACGAUAUUUCUCAAGUGGUUUUGCCGAGAAGAUACCGUAGCGUUGUACCAACAGCUCAACACAUUACAGAAUGUGAUGAAGGAGCAGAAAAUCUUCUGACAAAAGAAUGUUUACGUAGUUAUACAUCUAAUUGGAAUCUUGUUCAUUAUAAAUACUCAACAUAUAGCGGAACUUAUCUCGAAUUGCCAAGAAUAGCUAAAGCAGAUGAUUUGAAAGAUGAAGUAUAUGAAAUCGACACUGAAGUAGAUCAAGUUGAUGAGGAUUUGACAAAAAAUGAUGGUAUAACGAAGGAAGGCUAUUUGUUGAAAGGUCCUGAGAUUGGUAGUACAGAUAGAAUGUUCGCUCAUAUAGGCUCAAAAUCAUUUAAGAGACGCUUCUGUCACCUCAGGCAAGAAGUUGAUGGAACUUACAUACUUGAAUUUUUCAAAGAUGAAAGGAAAGGAGAGGCCAAAUUGACAAUAGUGAUGGAUUUUUGCACAGAAGUUGUCAGAAACUCAAAACGUGGUAAAUACAGCUUUGAGCUUCGAAUGAGUGGCACUCACAAAUCUUAUACAUUGGCCUCUGAAAAUGAGGCUGAUAUGCAAGAUUGGAUAUUGAAGCUUAAUUCUGUGUUACAACAUUACAAACAGCAAGAAGAAAAACGUGCUGCUUCGUUAGAAAGAGCUUGUAAUACACCUCCGCCAUCCCCGCAGCCGAUGCAGGUUUAUGGCACAUUGAAAGGACUGGAACAAAGUAUGAAUCCACAACUGAUAAAGUACUCCAGAGAGACUGACACCAGCAUUGCUUUGGCGAGGAGAGAGAACAGAAAAAGACUGUUCAGUGUGUAUCCUCAUAUGGCCCACAUCAAGGCCCAAACAAGUCCAUCCGCCGAUCAUAACGUGGAUCCUUAUAAGGAACAGUUUGGUCAUAGGAUCUUUGUCAAGUGCGAAAGCCUUAAAUUCAGAUUGCAAGCACCGAUCGAUGAGAAGGAAUCUCUCUGUCAAGUGGAACCCUAUCACACGACAUUGAGCUUCUUCGAUGCGCGACAUGGCAGAAAGCUCACGGAGAAUUUUCAUUUUGAUGUUAAUCAUGAAAUUGUUCGUGACAUGAUGAGAGAACUGAGUCCCGCGGGGAUCAUGACGGAGACUGAGGAUAUUACUCCUUCCGGAGAAUUGAAAAGCAUUCCUUCGGAAUGGAUCAAAUAUCCGAAACAGGCUAUAUUUAACAUUAGCAAUCCUCACCCGGACAUAUUUCUCGUCGUAAGAAUAGAUAAAGUACUUCAGGGGAAUAUAUAUCAGACAUCAGAACCAUAUUUAAGAGCUACCAAGGAUCCGAGAUUGGGCUUGAAGGUACAUAAACAAGUUCGAGCUUGUUGCCAAAGGCUAGGAAAUUAUAGAAUGCCAUUCGCGUGGGCUGCAAGACCAUUAUUUAGGUUGUACAGCAACGAGCUGGACACAUCCUCGGAUUUUCCAGCAAUAUACAGACAGGAUGGCAACAAGAUAAAGGAUGAAGAAUUGUUGAAACUCCUUUCGGAAUACAGAAAGCCUGAGAAACUUAGCAAAUUGACUGUGAUACCUGGUUGGCUGAAAAUUAAAAUCGAGCCUAUUACGGACAUCCCUGAAAAUACGUUGUCAACAUGCCUAGCGCCGUUAAAGCCAUUUCCGAUUCCUCCAACGACGGAACCGACGAUCGAGGUCGCAGAGUUCGAGAGCACUUCCGAGAGGGAAGUGCACCCAUAUACGACAUAUAUCAAUCAUCUUUAUGUGUACCCGCAGACGCUUUGCUUUGACGCUCAGAAAAUGUUCACUCGAGCUAGGAAUAUAGCGUGCAUCGUGGAGCUCCGCGACGACGACAAUGAAAAUGUUGUGCCUUUGCGAGCGAUUUAUGGGAGACCAGGUUCACCGCUGUUAUGUCUGCGAGCGUCGUGCGCAGUCUUGCAUCAUAACGCAGUGCCUUCUUGGUACGAAGAGAUUAAGAUGAAGCUACCCACGAAACUGCACGCGAAGCAUCACAUACUAUUCUCCUUUUAUCAUAUCAGCUGCGACAUGAACAAGAAGAAGGAGAACGGCGUUGAAAAUUGCGUCGGUUACUCUUGGGCGCCUCUGCUGCAUAAAGGAAGACUGAACGUGGAUAUAGAAUCAAAUAUCCAAGUGUUGCCUGUAGCGACGCAUUUGCCAGCGGGAUACCUUUCCAUACAACCCCUUGGACUGGGGAAAGGGGUAAGAAACGCGGGACCAGACAUCACCUGGAUCGAUUUGCAACGACCAAUCUUCACGGUAUCUUUCCAAUUAAUCUCGACGGUAUUUACAAGGGACCUUCACCUGCACAAUCUCUUCGUCCACGCCGAACGCAUCCUGGACACCAAACCCUCAGCGACGCCUUCGGACUCGGAGACGUGCAAAAUCCUCAAGGCGGCACACGCGGUUCAACUAGUCACCGUCAUCACAUUUCUACCUACUAUACUGAAUCAGUUAUUCGUGCUAUUGACGUACAAUACUAGUCAAGAGAUCGGACUGUACGUGAUCAGGGUCCUGAUACACUUUAUAAACAUGGUGCACGAGGCUGGUCGCAAAGAGAUUCUGCAAGCGUACAUCAAGUUUGUAUUCGUGCUGCCUCCGCUGCGAAACGGAAACUCCACGGUACACGAACAACUAGCGAAGUACUUGCCGACUUUGCUGCACCCGAGCAACACCGAUUUUCUGGUUGUGAACAAGUUCAUGCAUCACUCAAACUUUUUCUUCGAAAUCAUGAUCAAAAGUAUGGUGCAGUAUCUGCUGAGUACCGGCAGGAUCAAAAUGCACAGAAACGAACGAUUUUCGAAAGAUUAUCACGAGAAGAUUAGGACGUUGUUGGAAGUGAUUAUGCCAUAUCUAAUGACCAAGUACAAAGAAAUGCCAGUGGAGACACACGAAUUGAACAAAAGUCUCGCACAAUUUUUGAAGCGAUGUCUCACAUUUAUGGACCGAGGCUUUGUGUUCCGCCUCAUCAAUUCCUACCUGAACAACUUCUCACCCGGCGAUCAACGCACGCUGCACGACUUCAAGUUUACUUUCCUGCAGAUUAUCUGCUCUCACGAGCACUACGUGUCUUUCAAUCUGCCAAUGAUGCAGUCGCGCCUUGCCUCUAGAGAUACUGACAAUGACGCUGAGAGAGAACCAGAAUGCGAGGAUUUGAUGAACGAGUAUUGCCUCACGGAGGAAUUCUGCAAGCACCACUUCCUGGUUGGUCUUCUGAUGCAAGAAGUCAGGACCUCUCUCAAUGAAAUCGUGCAGAUUCGCAAAGUGGCUACAGGUACUUUGCGAGAUUUGCUGGCGAAGCACGAAUUGGACGACAGAUAUCAGAACAAGGGUCAACUGAGCAGAAUAGCAUCGAUUUACAUACCGUGGCUGGGCGUUGUAUUGGAAAAUUUACAUCGACUGCAAUCAACACAGGAUGAGAUUAAAACGGAUGCCAAACAGAACGGUACAAACAGAGUGUCAACCAGCAGUUCGUUUUUGACAGCAAAAGACACUAUCUCACUUAAUGCCACAAGCUCAGGUACACCCAAGUCUCUCCACAGAUUGACUCUUCAUCUGGACUCCCAGUCACCCGUAAGAACAUCCAUACACCUUCGGGAUUCUACUUACUUUGCUGCCAUCGCGGGUCAAGGAUUAGUAAAUGGAUACUCUUGCACCAGCGUCGAAUCAGACACGUCAACCGUGUCUGGCGCAUCUCAGUCUAACGUUUCCCAGGAAACUACCAUUGUCAGGGAGUUGACGGAAAAUGGAACGGGCGAGAGGAAGAGACACUCGCGCACCUUGAGCGUAACGCAAUCAUUGCCCAGAUGCGACAAGUUGCAACCGUCGGAAGUGAAGGAUAUACUGCUCUGUUUCCUGUUUGUUGUCAAGUAUUUGGGUGACCAUCAAGUCAUCGCUUGGUGGCAGCAAUGCAACGACUCAGAAAUAUUGAGCUUCUUCACGGUGAUCGAGAUGAGCUUGCAUCAUUUCAAAUAUAUCGGUAAGAGACAAAUAGUCGCUAACGCUGCAAGCUCUUUAGGGAAACCCCGUACUGUCAAAGCGAUGACUCUGCCCGCCAGGAUGGCGCCCCCAGAUUUUACCACCGAAAGUGCGGCCACCAGCACAUUACAACCUCACAAUACGAUCACUAGAGAAAAUCUAGUUGAAAAUGACAGCGGCAAGGUGUAUCAAGCUCUACUAGAAGCUAACAUGGCGACGGAAGUUGGCCUCAUUGCGCUGGAUUGCUUGGGACUUUUUUGUAUUCAUUUUAAAGAUAUUCUUUUAGCGAACGAGGGUGAGAAUCCAGUUAUGCAAAAGCUAUUCAAUAUUUAUUUAUCGUUUCUCCAAGUCGGACAGUCGGAAACACUAUUGCGUCAUGUUUUCGCUGGAUUUAGAGCCUUCCUAAACAACUAUUCCAUCGCGCUUUUCCAAGGCAACGCUGUGCUGUGCGGACGCUUGUGUUACGAGUUGCUGCGUUGUUGCAACAGCAAGCUGAGCUCUAUACGACAGGAGUCCUGUGCUUUGCUAUAUUUGCUGAUGCGAAGUAAUUUCGAAUUUACAAGUCGGAAAGGAUUAACCAGAGUCCACUUGCAGGUGAUAAUCUCAGUUUCUCAAAUGCUGGGGAAUGUAAUCGGCUUGAAUAAUUCGCGAUUUCAAGAAUCGCUAUCCUUGAUCAACAGUUAUGCCUCCUCGGACAAAGUUAUGAAAGGAACAGGCUUCCCAGUCGAAGUCAAAGACCUCAACAAGAGAAUCCGAACGGUUUUAAUGGCCACCGCUCAAAUGCGGGAACAUAAUAAUGAUCCUGAAAUGCUGGUUGAUUUGCAACAUAGCUUAGCCAACUCCUACGCUAGCACGCCCGAACUGAGGCAUACUUGGCUGGAAACAAUGGCCAGAAAUCAUGCCAGAGAUGGCAACUUUUCAGAGGCUGCUUGUUGUCAACUACAUAUCGCGGCACUAAUGGCUGAAUAUCUGAAAUUGCGGAAGGUCCAUUCAUGGGGCGCGGAAGCUUUCGAUCAAAUUUCUGUAAACAUUUCGAAGGACGAGUGUAACCUUAAGCUCGAUGCUGGUGAGAUUUGUGUCCAAGAUAUUCAUUAUAAUGAAUGCUUGCUUCUCGAGCAACUGGAAGUUUGUGCUGACACGUUGGAGAAAGCCGAACGCUUCGAGUUGCUUGGCCAUUUGUAUCGUUUGAUAGUUCCUAUGUACGAAGAGAAACGGAAUUACGAAGCUUUGGCAAAUUGCUACUCACACUUGGCUCAAGCGUGCAAUAAGAUCGUGGAAGUUACCCGAACUGGGAAGAGAUUGCUCGGCAGAUUUUACAGAGUAGCGUUUUUCGGCACGGCAUAUUUUGAAGAGGAAACCGGCCAAGAGUACAUCUAUAAGGAACCGAAAGUAACGUCGUUGUCUGAAAUAUCGGAACGUUUGUUACGUUUGUACAAUGAAAAGUUCGGAUCUGAGAAUGUUAAGAUGAUAAUGGAUUCUGUACCAGUCGAUGUGAGCGAGUUGGAUCCCAAGAUAGCAUAUAUUCAAGUCACGCACGUAACUCCGUACUUUGAAAAGCCCGAGUUGGAAGUGCGGCAGACCGAGUUCGAGCAGAAUCAUAACGUAUCCUGUUUUAUGUUCGAAACGCCGUUCACGAAAGAGGGUAAAGCAAGAGGUAGUCCGGAGGAUCAAUGGAAGCGUAGAACCAUUCUUACAACGCAAUAUUCCUUCCCGUACGUGAAGAAACGUAUCGGAAUCGCCGAGAAACGAAUAGUGGAACUCAGUCCUAUCGAAGUUGCUCUGGAUGAAAUGAGGCAACGUGUGCAAGAAUUGGAAGACGUGGCUUUGAUCGGACCGACCGACGUAAAGAAAUUACAGUUACGUCUUCAAGGCAGUAUUUGUGUGACGGUAAAUGCUGGUCCUCUGGCCUAUGCCUCGGCAUUUCUGGAUCCUGCACUGUCUCCGCAAUAUCCUGACGAUAAAGUAGAGGAACUGAAAGAUGUCUUUAGAGAAUUUGUCAAGAUAUGUUACACAGCAUUGCAAAUUAAUAGCAAACUAAUCACGCCGGACCAACACGAGUACCAAGAAGUAUUGCGCGAGAACUAUCAGAAAUUGUGCCAGAGUCUGUCAUCCUUGCUCGGAGAACCAAUAUGGCCAGACGAGCAAGUAGGAAGCUUCAAACGUAACAGCGCUGCUCUAUUUAGUGUCAUCAGUGGCGCCAACAACCACAGUAGUACAGCCUAAGUCAAUAUUAAAUUGUCUAUUCAAUGGACUUCAAUUUGUCGUCAAUAUUCUUUUCUAGUGUGAUACGUUUAAGAGCUUUUCGAGCUCGAACUAUUUCUCCAUGCAGGACAAGACGAACUCUUGUACAAACUCGCUUCUGUAACUUUUGGCCUAACGAAAGACUUUUUGAUCACUGCCAAAUUUUUUAAAACAAAGAAGUGAGGUGUGUGUAUGAUGUCAUAGAAAAAUCCUGAUUAGGAAGUUUUAAAGAUGGAUUACGUAUACAUACAUAUAUAUAUAUAUAUUUUUUUUUUCAUGGCCGAAUGAGAAAUUCAGCCAAGUCAAAGAACUGCUUUUACUUACCAAGCCUAUCGUGUCAAUGUCGUCGUAGUUCAAUAAGUUGCGAUUUAACUAGUAGAAUAAGUUGGGUGUUCAAGACCUACCAGGGCAUUUAUAUAGUAUAUGUGUAACACACAAGCGAAAAAGUUACUAGUACACCUAACAUCAGCCCCUCACUAUGAAACUAGCGUUAGUCCAUAAUGCAUCUAUAUGUAUGAUGUCCGUGUGUAUAAUCGGCUUUACGAGAUAUAAGGAUAUAUCUAACGACGAAAGUAAUGAAACGAAAGGUGAAAUUGGCUGUUUGUAUUAAGCAAAGUAUUAAGUGUAAGUCGAACAAACUCUAAUCGUGUUUUCAUGAGAUUUUUUCUGCUGCGUUGAUGGCUUCUUUCUUCCGUGUUUAAUGGAUUCACACGGGAUUCAGUUACUGUUCCUGCUUAGAAGUUACGUUACAACUGACAAUCAAAAUUACCCGUCUCACUCGUAAGAACGAAAUGUUGUACCAACAGCUUUUUGUCUGUUGCAUGCGUUGCAAUAUGUAUAGUAUUAAUGAUUUAUCGUAUAUGUGUUAAUUGCUUGAGUGGCACGAGCAAAAGACGCUAGAGAACAUUGACUUUUAGAGGGGCGUACUUUCAGAGGGCAUUUUCGUCCAUCGCUCUCUUUCGAGAUGGGACGUAAUCGCAAUGUAAUCGCGCGCUGCGUAACACUCAAACGAUUAAGGCACUUUGUGUAAAAAUUGAUUUGUACAUACAUGUAUAAUUUCUCGCACGUGUAGGCGCUGUGUAAAGAGUCGACUGUUUUAGAGUAUCGUAGAGUAUUCUCAGCCUUACUGAAGAAAAAGUCGUACGGAUCCUUUGAUACAAAUUAUCGAAUACUUUGCGCUACAUUACGAUCGAACUUGUGUGCGCGUUUAUACGGUUAACGCAGAGACUAGUUUGUACGGAUUGAGUAACUCUUGUAUGGCGUUUAUCGAGAUUUAUAGGAAAUAAUUCGAAUGAAAGUUUGUUUAUAUUAUGGAGGGAAGAAAGUACUGUAGCAUCAGGCAAGCGGCUACGCUUUACUGACAGGAACCGAUCCGACCACUUCGAUACCUUGCGAACACGCACAAAGUAUUGUUAUUACACUUUCGUAAUUAUUUGUGAAGCGACAUAAAAUUUUAUAAACUGAGAAUGCGAGAGAGUACAUAUGUGUAAAUUCAUUUAUUAUCCGUGAAGACGUACCGAGAGAUGCGGGUAUCGUAGAGUAGCGAUAGAGUUUUAAGAGCUAAUGUUCAGAAAAUAAAUAUAUAACAGAGA